AUGGGAGCGCCAAGGCAGAGAGCGAGCGUGUGCGCGAGACGUGGUGGCGCCGAGUGGAGCGGCUUGCUUGAGCUGGCGUUGUUGGCUGUGAUGACGGUGACGGUAGCAAAAGCGAUGGUGGUGAUUGCGGAACAGCAGCAGCAGCAGCAGCUGAAACGUGCGAUCGCGCCCAACGAGUCGCGCGAGAGUUGCAGGAGCGGCACUGCUGCACUGCAGCGUCGCGCUCUCCGCUUCGCUGCUGGCUGCCGUCGAGGCGCGCUGCAUAUUCGCAUCCCAAAUCCGAAUCCCAGCCGCCAAGCUGCAGAGAGUGCUCCACCCAUGAUUGGUCUGGUGAUCGGAGGCCACGGCUGCUUGCAAAUCUUGCAUCACUCGGCGUUUCUUUCCAGCAGACAUUCUCCCUCGCCACUGCACUGCCGACGAUGGCCUUUCCAUGCUGCAACACACACGACGCCUGUCGAGACUAGCUCAUAG